AUGAGGACUUCACACUUGACAGCCUUGUCAGGCUUGCUUGUGCUCAAUGCCGUAGCUCAUCCUGUCGACGACUUCACCUCUCACGAAGCGGAUCACCCCCAUCAUAUGCACAAACGUCAAUCUGCCGACGCUUUGGAACGUUUCCGACCUCGACAAAGGGCUACAUACGUGGCUGAGGAUGGAGAGCCAGCGGCUUCGAUCGCCCGAGUUGGUGGUAGCCCCGUCGAUGCUGCUGAAGCUCUUGUGAGGAGCGAAUUUCCCGAUGCAGAGUUUAGAAGAGUUGGAGACAGCUGGACUUCCGCUAGUGGCAUCGCGCAUGUCUACUUCAAGCAGACUUUGAAUGGCUUGGACAUCGACGAUGCGGACUUUAACGUUAAUGUUCGUUCAGACGGGACGAUCUUCUCCUAUGGAAACUCUUUCUUCAGUGGAACAACUCCAGACGCUGCUCCAGCUCCAGAAGAAGUCAUUGAGCCACAGCCAGUUCUCGAGACUGUCGUUGACACUCUUGCCCUUCCAAUCGAGCCUGCAGCAGCUGAGAUUGUGGUCGAGGAGACUGCUCGCUCCUUCACAGUUCAGGGUCUAGGAGAUGCUGUCGAAUCGCCACCAGACGGACAGUUGGUCUACUAUCGCACACCAGAAGGCGAGCUCGUCUCAGCGUGGCGCGUCGAGACCGACGUUGGGGACUCCUGGCUGACGACCUACGUCGAUGCAACCAACGACAACGCUGUCCUUGCCGUCACCGACUACGUCGCCGACGCCGAAUCUUACCAAGUGUUCCCGUGGCCACUCAACGAUCCACGAGGCAAUCGGCGCCAGAUUGAGACCAACCCACGCGAUCGCAGAGGAAGCCCGAAUGGCUGGCACCAGGACGCCUUCACGACCUAUCAGGAAACUCGCGGCAACAAUGCCAUUGCCCAGCCCAACACUGAUGGCGACGCAGAUUUCCUUGAAGAGCCUCGUCCUCAAGGUGGCCGCUCGAACCGCUACCGCGCCGAAUUCAGUGAAUCGCUAGAGCCAGCUGAGUACAUCGAGGCCUCCGUGAUCCAGCUCUUCUACACUUCAAACUACUUCCGCGAUGUGCUCUAUGUUCUUGGCUUCACUGAAGCUGCCGGUAACUUCCAAACUUCCAACUUCGGCCGUGGAGGCCUAGGUGACGACUCUGUCAUCCUCAAUACCCAGGACGGCUCCGGUGUCAACAACGCCAACUUCGCGACCCCUCCUGACGGGCAACAAGGCCGCAUGCGCAUGUACCGCUUCAACUCCACCGUUCCCAACCGCGACAGCUCCUUCGAAGCCGGCAUCGUCAUCCACGAGUACACCCACGGCCUCACCAACCGCAUGACCGGCGGCCCAGCCAACUCCCGCUGCCUCUCCACUCUCGAAUCCGGCGGCAUGGGCGAAGGUUGGUCCGACUUCUACGCAACCGCCAUCCGCUCCACCCGCCGCGAUACACGCAACACAAACUACCCCAUCGGCGACUACGCCACCGGACGACCCAACGGAAUCCGUGCCUUCGUCUACUCCACCAACAUGCAAACCAACCCAUACACUUACUCCUCCCUCAACUCUCUCGGCCGCGUUCACGAGUACGGCACAGUCUGGUGCACAAUGCUCUACGAGCUCUUCUGGAACCUCGUUGACGCACGCGGAAACACAAAUGAUCUGACCCCUUCGCUUGAUUCCAGGACUGGAAUCCCUCGUGAUGGCAAGUAUUUGGCCAUGAAGCUCGUGCUUGAUGCUCUGGCUUUCCAGCCUUGUAAUCCAAGUUUUAUUCAGGCGCGAAAUGCAAUCUUGGACGCUGAUCGUGCGCUCACGCGUGGGCAGAACAUUUGUUUGAUCUGGAGGGCUUUUGCUAAGAGAGGUUUGGGCGAGAAUGCACGAAAGGAGGGUGAGGUGUUCACGGAUGAUUUUACUGUGCCGGCUGGUGUCUGCUGA